GUCCAGACCAAACAAAACCCUUCGUUUCAGCCUCAAUCUAGAGAGAGAAAAAGAGAGAGAAGCUUCAAGUCUCCCGAAGAUGGUGCAGCGCUUAACCUACCGCAAGCGCCAUAGCUAUGCCACCAAAUCCAACCAGCACAGGGUCGUCAAAACACCUGGUGGAAAGCUGGUGUACCAGAGCACCAAGAAGAGAGCAAGGGGGCCGAAGUGUCCUGUUACUGGAAAGAGAAUCCAAGGGAUUCCUCACUUGAGGCCUGCUGAAUACAAGAGGUCUAGAUUGCCUAGGAACAGGAGGACCGUGAACCGUGCUUACGGUGGUGUAUUAUCUGGUGGUGCUGUCCGUGAGAGGAUCAUCCGUGCAUUCUUGGUGGAGGAGCAAAAGAUUGUGAAGAAGGUUCUAAAGAUUCAGAAGACAAAAGAAAAGCAGGCAGGAAAGAGCUAAAGAUGAGUUAAUGUUGUCAAAAGAAAUUUUGACUUUGAUAGAUGAUUACAAGAUGUGCACUAUAUUAUUGUGAGGUGAUUGUUUUUGAAUUUAAAUGAGCAUUUAUCUUGAGUUGAUUUUGAUUUCUCAUUUCAGCAAAUUUCAUGCUGGGAUUUUGGCAAUCAUAUUUGUUGAAUGAUCUGCAAUAUGAUGUAUGGCGAUAUUUUUUGCUUUUGGUCC